AGCAGUGCCUGUUCACAGCCACCCUGACAUCUCCUCAGCAGGAGAAGGAGCUGCACAACAGGAUCAGCACAGGAACCGUGACUGAUGGACAGGAAUUUGCUGGUGGCUGCCACUCCAGGGCAUUGAUGCUCCUGCCCUGCCCUGUGCCUCCAGGAGUGUGACCCCCUGGUCCUGGGGCUGCCCACAGCUGAGAUGGUGGCCUUCAACUGGCAGGCUCUGGAGAACUUCCCACUGCUGAUGUACAUUUUGGCAGCUAAAACAUUGAUCCUUUGCUUGGCCUUUGCUGGAGUCAAAAUGUACCAGAGCAAGAAAAUUGAGGAGAAACUGAAGAGGGAACGUGAGGAGAAACUGAAAGCAGAAGCAGAGAAGAAGGAUGAGUGAAGAGUGCCUCAGGUUCCUCACCCUUGGAUUCCCCUCCCAGCAGGAUGAAGCCUUCCUGGAAAAGAAGGAUGGGUAACCUCAGAGUGACACUUAAAUUAUCUCUGUUUUUAUAUGUACAAAGCAGCUGAGCCUCUAUUUAUGCAAUAAAAAAAAAAUGUCUUUGUUUAAAAAAUAAA